UUACAAUGCUGCAACCAAAGCAUUUUGCAGCAAAUCCACCAUUCCUUCCACCCGCGUCAAUCCCCAAAAAAUAUUUAAAGAUAUUUUUAGCUGACAAGCAGAAAAUUUGUUGUUGGAAUAUUGGACCGGUAGUUUUGUGUUCAAACGUUGGUUAUUUUAUUCGUAACCUGGCGAAAGAAAAGUUAUGUAUAUUGUUAAAAAAAAUUGAAGUAUUCAAUGAAAAGAAUGACUUCGAGGAAUUGAGUAGCUGUUUGAAGGGUAAACCAAAGACUUGAGAUAUUGCUCAGAAGUAUAUUCAAUUUUGACCGUGUUAUAAAGCUGCAAUGUAUCCCCGACUCAGUCUUCAGUCUUCCUUUGCUUGAAAAUUUAUAGACUAUCUGUUCAUUCAAAUAAAGCAGAAUAUGUGCGU